AUGUCUAAUUCUCUGACCUAUUUCACGCAGCUCCUAAUCGCUCAGGCUGCUUUCGCCUGUCCGUUGUCGCGCCAGCAUGACCCAGCGGACCGCUGCGUCACUGUGCCACUAUCAAGUUUGAAGACUACUCAAGGGAACGUCAGCGGCACCACCUUCCACGCCGACAGCGAGGACGACAGCAGAAACAAGCGCCUCGUCUUUGACGAAAGCACAAGAUCGACAUCGACAUCAACCGUGGCCUACGAAGCUACAAAAGGGCUGUCUGAACGGUUCGCCAUCAGAGGGCAAGGCAGCACUCAUGUGUGCACUAUGUCUAAUCCUCUGAUCUUCUUCACGCAGAACCAAGAAGCCACUGCUGCGGGACUGGACUUGGCAUCGCUCAGCGCACCUGCUGGCAUCCAACAGGGUGCAGAAUGCUCUAGUCAGGUGCAGCACAUGGAGCCAGGCUUGUCCGGAUACACGAACGAAAGAGAGUUCAACACCGUCGACCCCGUGAAGGAAAACAAGUAUCUAGUCUGCCUCUCAAUGCUUCUGCAGCUGUUCUCCGUCUGCAGGGAAUGUCUAGCCCCCACGCAAACGAAACUGACAGGAGAGGGGACUCUUCUGCAUGCUGUGAUCACAUGUGUACGGGGCCACAUCACUGUGUGGGAAAAUCAGCCCAGAGUAAACGGCAAGGCACUCAUGAGUAUCCUCCUGCCUGCUGCGGUUACAUACGCCGGGGCCAGCCCUACGCAAGUUCUACGCCUCUUGAGUUCCAUAGGCAUCGCUGUCAUCCAUAAGAGCCUGUUCUUCCAAGUCCAGAGAUGUCUCGUGUUCCCUGCUGCUGCAAAGGUCUGGAAAGCAGAACAGACUACCCUUCUGACAUCGAUGAAGGGUCACAGACUUCACCUGGCAGGUGAUGGGCGUGCUGCUUCCCCCUGCCACACUGCUAAGUAUGGCACAUAUACACUGCUGGAUACCAACGUCAACAAGAUCCUCCAUUUUGAGGUUCUUCAGUCGACAGAGGUCAGGUCCAGCAAUCACAUGGAGACGGAGGGCCUUAAGCGUUCUUUUGACUACCUCGAAAGCUGUGGGUUCUGCCCACAUGUGCUCGUGACAGACCGACACUUCGGAGUCAAUGCACUGAUGAGGAACGACUACCCAGGCACAAAGCACCGAUUCGAUGCAUGGCAUAUUGCCAAAGGCAUUGGGAGCAAGAUGGCCGUAGCAGGGAAAACAAAACGGAACGACAUUCUCAACAAAUGGGUGAAGACUGUUCGGGCACACGUGUAUUGGUGUGCCCAAACCAGUGGUGACGACGGCGCACUGGUACUUGCCAAGUGGACGUCAAUAAUGAGACACGUCAUCGACGUACACCAGCACCCGGACCCUCUGUAUCCUGAAUGUACGCACGCCCCACUUGCAGACCGAUGGUGGCUUCAUGAAGGUAAGAGUGAAUGCUUUCGGAAAUAUUUGUAA